AUGAAGUUCUUCAGCAUCCUGCUGCUGGCCAGUCUGGCCUCCACCUCUCUCACUGCCCUUCACGCCCCAGCCACGCAGGUCACCCCCAGCGGUCAUCCCCAGAAGGACCAGGCCCCCAAAAAGGACGCUGCUAAGGAGGCUUCCAUCUCCAUAGAAGAGCUCUUUUCCCAAGAGGAGGUUGUGAUCAAAUCUAUCAGGACACCCAAGAAUCCAAAGCCUGAGCUGCCUCACCUCAUCGCGCAGGCGAACAGCUUCAAAACCACUCACCUUGAGGAAAAACUCAGCGCAUCCCACACACUCUCUGAAGAGGCCAUGACUGAGCUCACCCCCACGGCUGCAACCACCUCAGAGGAGCAGCUGGCCAAGUACAGCUAUGAAUUUGGGAAGAAAGUGGAGAAAGAGAUGAAAAAACUCAUCAACUAUCUGAAGAGCCUUUUCCCUCGCAUCUCUGAAGUCACAAAGGCCUGA